AUGGUUUUGGGAAGCGUCUUCUCUUGCGGGGCUGACCUAUCAGGUUUGAUAAAACAAUUUUCAAAAUCAUAAUUCAAUCGGUUGGGAUCCUUCUUCCCAAGAAAAGGUCAAGUUAAAGUGCUACAAGGUAGAAAAAAAUGAGUAUUUCAAAAAAAAAAAGCCAACGAAAAGAAAUUUUGUGGAUUGUAAAAAUUUUUUUUCCUGAAAAAAAAGACGUUUCGAAUUUCAGUACGCGACAUUUUCAUAACCUAUUGAACUCCAAAAGUAUUUUGAAAGAAUUGAAAAAGUCACAAAUAGUUUGAAGCCUUUUUCCGAGCAAAUUGAAUCAUUUAGAAACCAUUUCCUUUAAACCUCCUAGAGAGACAACAGAAACAUCCUAAACUUUUCUAGAAAAGCAAAAAACUAUACAUUAAUGAACAAAAGGAAACAUUCAAAAGUAUGAAAAACCUCUCGAAAUGCAGGAAAAUCGGCGAGCAAGGCAAAAGUCACAAUAUCCUUCUUCCCGCCCGUCGAAAUGACAUUCGGGAGGUCUCUCGCUGCGAGGAAUCGUCGGAUCCGCGCGGCCGGCGGUCGACAGGCUUCUUCGCCGGCAGAAGCUUCUAGAAACAUGAACAACGCCAUCAACGAGGCUGUGAGCUUCAUCAUAUGUUUUGCCAAACAAGACGUUUUUCGCUCAAAAUGUAUUUCAGAUUUUUUUUUUCCUCAAAAAUACGUAAAAGUAUUAUUCUAGUUAUUGUGAAUCCCUCAUUCAUGUGGAAAUGUUCAGUGGGUCAGUGAAAACUCAAAAAAAAAAAAUGCUUUAAAACUGAGCAAAAAUAAAUGUUCAUGCUCAAAAAUUAAUUCAUUUAUUUUUGACAAGAAAAAUUUCAGAUAAAAGCUGCUCUGAAGGAAAAUCAAAUAUCUCUUCUCGCAGCAGCCUCCGUCGAGAUUUCCUACACUCCUCCGCAAUUUCCCCUUUCUUCCUCUGGAAAAUGUGAAAAGGCUGGAGAUUUCAUCGCUGAAGAUGGUAUUUCAAAUAAUCGUAAACGUAUUGAAUUCAAACUUUUCAGGUGUGAUCCUAUACGAGUGCGAAGAAGACGGUCCCGGUGGUCCAGUAUGUUGAUUAGGAGCUUUUAGAGUUAAAAAAAGUAUUUUUUUAUUUGCGAAUUUCAUAAGAAGAAAGCGCUAAAAGCGGAAGCGAGAGAUGAGGCGACUUGAAGAGAGGACAGAGAAGCACGUGAUCUCUCUUUCUCUGACCUCACAUAUCUCUUUGUUGCGCUUUUCAAGCUUUUUUGGUACUUAAAAAUUUUUGAGCAAGACUGUUUACAUUUGAAGAAACUUACAAAAAACUCAAUUUUUGAAAUAAAAUUUCAGACUUCGCCUCCCAAAGGGAUCAACUGCUUCUCCCGGCACUAAGGUCAGAAUUCUAUGCAUUUCGAUCAAGAGAACUUGAAAAAUCGCGUUUUGAGCUCCAAUAAUGUUUUCAGAAUCAUUGUCUGUAUAAACCUUUUUUUUUCUGAUUUUUGAUUUUUCUUUCAAUCAACAGUUUUUAGUUCAGAUAUCCACAAAAACACGGAGGAAACCUCAAAUUUCGCUUUUUUGUUCAUAUAUUGAAGUUUCAAACUAUAUAACUACAAAAGAAGUUUCUGCAAGCUCUAAAUCAUUAAAAAUGCGCAAAUUUCUCAUUCUUUAGACGACACCUUCCGAUGGCUCCACUUCUUCACCAACUACUGAGGUAAAGACUUCUGAUUUCCUUUGACUUAAUCGAAAUAGUUGGCUUCUCUCGGUGAGAGAGAUAAGAGGGCAAAGACAAAUAACUCAGUUGCGGUGGUUGAAGUACAGUACCGUGCAAAAAGAUACGAAACUUAACUUUUUUGUAUUUAAUUCAAUCAUUUUCAAAUUUUUUUGGGGUUGUGAAAAAGUGUUUCUGAUGAUCGAAUGCAACCGCAACUGAAUACGAAAGUUCUGUCCAGUUUUAUUAUAUGAAAAGUCAAAACGAAAAAAGGACUGUUUAAUUUCAAAAAUCAAAAGAGAAAAAUAAAGAGAUAAAGAGUUCAAACAGGUUUCAUUGUGUUUUUAGGACCUAAUAUUACAAUUGAGGCCAUUUUGAGUAAUGUGCAAACUCAGCUUCUAGGCCAAAUAAGGCCUGCACUAGAGUCACCUCAAACUUUUUUCCAAUGCUAAAUCUCCAAGAAAACCUCUCUCUGUAUGAAAUAAUUCUCAUGUUUUUCCUUUGUUUUAAGCUGACAACGGAGACGAUUUCGACUUCAACUCUGACCCCAGACCUUCCAAAACUCAAGAAACGUUUCCGACCCAAGAGAUCUUUGGGAGAGCAUCCGAUCCCCGAUCAAGUGGUCAGCCUCGUCGCCGACGCUCAUCAGGUAUCUCAUUUUUUUAACUUUUUGGAUACUUAUCGAAAUUUCAGGAAGUCUUAAUCUCUUUUUACAUAGGUUUUCCUUGGAUCAAAAAAAUCGGAAAAUAUUUUUUUAUCGAAGAAAUUCAUUAGAAUGAGGAAAAACUAAGUGAAGUUCUGAAAUUUUUCAAACUUCUGAAAAACUUCCAAAAGAGGCCCCUAAAAGUCUCAAUGUGUACAACUCUUUAUUUUUUGAAAAAAAAAGACUCGAAAUUGUCAAAUGGCGAAAUUUGGGUUUAAAAAUGGCUUUACUCGACUCAGGUCUUUAUUUUUCAAAAUUUAGGGGUUUCCAACAUUCUUGUACUAGUACAACAGACAGCAUUUAAGCCGAAUUUUCAGAAUUUACAAAGUUGAAUGACCUUUCUCAGAAGCUCCGAUGGAAACUGACCAUCCUGAUUUCAGAUCUUGUACGAGGCCCAAUGGAAGAACAUCGCCAGAUCUGCCGAGAAAUACCUCGAGGCGAAAAGAUUCAUCUUCACCGACGAUAUCAAGAUAGAUCUGCAAUAA